AUGAGUGGUGCUGCACAGACCACACUUAAAAUCAUUGUAUACAUAGAGAUCAUCAUUGGAUGUACAGGAAGUGGUUUCAUAUCACUGGUGAACUUUGUGCUCUGGGUCAAGAGAAGAAAAAUCUCUUUAUUUGAUCAAGUUCUCACUGCUUUGGCAACCUGCAGAAAUGUUCUGUUCUGUUCAUUACUCAUACCUCUGUUGAUACCUCUACAUUUUUCAGAUUUGUUGCCAAUCAGGAACACUGUACAAAUAUCUAAAGUUAUUUGGAUAAUAAGCAAUCAUUUUAACCUUUGGUUAUCUACAAUCCUCAGCAUCUUUUAUUUUCUCAAGAUAGCCACUUUUUCUCACUCUAUUUUUCUUUAUCUAAAAUGGAGACUUAAAAAAGUGUCACGGACACUUUUGAUGUCUCUAUUCUUUUUGUUUUUAAAUAUUAUACUGUCAAAUAUAUGCAGUGAUGCCUGGUAUGAUGGAUCUAUAAUAAAUAUACCUCACACUUCAAAGUGGAGAAACUUUACACAGCUUUACAAAUCUCUGAUACUCACCAACUCUAUGUUCAUACUUAUGCCCUUCGUAGUGUCCCUGACAUCUUUCCUGCUACUCAUCUUCUCCCUGUGGAAGCAUCUGAAGAGGAUGCAGCUUAAUGCCCCAGGGUCCAGAGACACCAGCACCAUGGCCCACAUGAAGGCCUUGAGAACUGGAGUUGCCUUUCUACUGCUGUAUGUUAUUGUUUUAUUCUCUGUUUCUGUACAAGCUUUGAGUUUAGAAUUGGUUGAUGAUAAUCUGAUCAUUUUUUGGGAUCAGGCGAAUCUAAUUGCUUUUCCUUCGGGCCAUUCAUUUGUCCUGAUUCUGGGAAACAGGAAAUUGAAACAGGCCUCUGUUUUGGUAUGGGGGUGGCUGAGGUGCAAGUUCAGAGAAACAGAACCAAAGGAUCCCUAA